AUGUGGCAUACCCUGCGCAGGGUGUGUAAGCCAGGCCUGGGAGCUGUUGGGCGAGGCCGUCGUCUUUCAUCAUGUCGUCAUAACUCUACUAUCGCCCAGCUGCGUGCACCCAGUCCUAGCUGCGCAGACGAGCGGGCGCAUAUCGAUUCCGUCCACGAGCUGCUCGACGAAACGGGAGUUUUGAAGAUCAAAUUGGGUUUCGAGGACGACGAGAGCCGUUACAUGCAACAGCUCAUUCUGGGCCUGCACAAGCACCACGGACAUGGCCUGCCCAUUACGCACUCCGCGUCUCGGGGCUGGUUCUGGGACGUCCGCCCUCUCCCUGGCGCGCAUCCAACGGCGGAUAAGCCGGCUCGCUCAGAAACGGCACAGGACUUUCCAUGGCAUACGGAUUGCAGCUACGAGCACCUUCCGCCCCGGUUCUUUGCUUUGCAGGUGCUGCAGCCCGAUCGCUGCGGCGGAGGGACGUUGUCGAUUCUCAGCAUCGAUAUGCUUGUACGUCUACUGUCCCCGUCGACGAGGACGUCGCUGUCCAGGCCCGAAUAUCGCAUCACAGUCCCUCCUGAAUUCAUCAAGAGUGACGAGCGGCACAUCACCGCCGGCUUACUGGGAGAAGAUCCUGGUAACGGGGCACCCGAGUUUCGAUUUCGCGAAGAAAUCCUUUGUCCCCUCACUGCCGGCGCGAAGAUGGCGCUUCAGGAGCUUGGAGCAGUGCUGUCGAGCCCGCAGGCCAAGGCGGCGACACUGCACCUGACGCCCGAAUUGCUUCCUCGAGGAUCAGUGAUCCUGAUCAACAACAGGCGGUGGCUUCACGCCCGGAGCGAGGUCAGAGAUCCACAUCGCCACUUGCGUCGAGUGCGCUGGGAUGCUCGACCAUUCGUUGCGGGGGAUUCGCGAGUUGUGUGA